AUGAAUGGUGAAGAGGAAAUAUGGGAACAACUAGACAGAGAACUUGACCACUGUGUUGUGGAUAUGAAGCCUUAUGUUCUAAAGCUGCAGCAGAGCUCAGAAAGGCAAAGAUGUGCACUGUGGAUUAAAAAGCUGUGUGAGCCCUCGGGAGCAGGCACAGGAGUGGGGGGAAGGAAGAACCGGAACCUUCAUGCAAAACUUCUGCUGCACAUGCUGAAGCGAGGUGUCCUGGAGGGUCCUUUUGCACAGAAACCAGAACCAGGAAGACUGAAAACUUUACCUUCUUACAUGUCAAUUUAUUUUGAUGAACCAAGUUCAAGAAGUGUACGGACUAGUAGCCCAGACUGCUUACCUGACUGGGUAGUGGGAGAGCUAGGAAACAGUGAAUCUAAGCAUGAGGAAUCAUGGAAGACAUCUUCUAAAGAGGAGUCAUUUUUAGCAACACCACUUACAUAUGGGGAAAAGCUCAAGCAUAAUGAGAAGCCAGAAUUAAGAUCACAUUCUAGGAGUCCUCCUCCCCGGACAGAUGAAGAUAGCCUUGCCACACCAUCAUCUGACCAUCAUCAUAAAAAACCCAUUUCCUUGGAUGACAGUGACCUGGAAGCACGUCUGCAUAGUUGGAAUCUUGGGUUGGAAAAUCCAAGAUACUUGCGGGAAAAACCAGUGCCAGUGACUUUGAUGACACCCAAAAUUGGCCUAGGAAAAAGCAGCAGCUUCCGUGAUCAACAGGCACAACUUCGAAUGUAUGAAAAAGAGCUGCAGAUAAAAAUGAAAGUGGCAGAAGGGAAAUUUCAUGAAGAGAAGCUUACAUUACAGCAGAAGCAUGAUGCAGAAGUUCAAAAGUUGGUAAGUACAAAAGACUGUAAUGAAGUUCACCAAUUAUUUACCAUCUACAAAACCAAACAAAACGAAGCUGAAGAGAUGAUAAGAAAGCUGCAGAAAAAAGUUGAGAUCGUUGUUCGUGAGUUACAAGUCGUCAGGGAAGCGAAAGAGAAGCAGAUUGAGGAACUAAAGAAAAUGUGUGAGCAAAGCAAUGAAUCUUUGAACAAUGAGUGGGAGAAAAGGCUUCACAAUUCUGUGGCUGAGAUGGAGAAGAAGAAUUUUACUAUUCAGAAGCAGCACACGGAAAACAUGCAGCAACUGCUUGAGGACACCACUGGUCGCCUGAGGAAGAUGGAGGAAGAUUAUUUGGAACAGCUAAAUUCAACUAACCAGACUGUCAAAGAACUGGAGGCUCGUGUCCAGCAGUUGACUGUGGAGGUUGAAAACAGUAAUUUGCAGCGUCAAAAGUUAUCUCAGGAAAAGACUGAGGCAGAACAGCGUUGCCAGACGUUGGGCUCUGAACUCCAGGCAUUGAAAGCAAGGUACAGCUCUCUUCAGAAAGACAAGGACCAUGUUAGACAGGAAUAUGAGGACAACAUUCAACAACUGCAAAGUAAAUAUGAUGCAGAAAUAAACUUUAUAAAGCAGGAACAUGCUCACUCUGCAGCUAAGGCAUCUGACAGGAUUACAGAGUUGCAGAGCAGUGUGUCUCUCUUAAAACAGCAGCUUCAAGAUGCAGAAGAUAAAAGGCAAAAACAGCUGAGAGACCAAGAAUACAAGUUUCAAGAGGAAAAACAUAACCUGGAACGUGCAUCUGAAAAGCAGAUUCAUGACCUCAGAAGUGGUGUUGAGAAGGAAAGAGAGGAUGCUCAAAAGAAAAUUCGUAGGCUGGGAGAGUCUUUGAAGGAGAAGGAGGAGCAGCUGACUCGGGUGACAGAGGUACAGAGGCUGCAGGCCCAGCAGGCAGAUGCUGCCCUGGAGGAGUUUAAGCGGCAGGUGGAGCUGAAGUCAGAAAAAGUCUAUGCUGAAAUGAAACAGCAGAUGGAACAGGUUGAAGCAGAUCUAAGCAGAUCAAAAUUGCUCAGGGAAAAGCAAUCCAAGGAAUUCUCCCGGCAACUGGAAGAGGUCAAGCAAAGAUAUGAGCAACAGAUAGUGGAGCUGAAGCUGGAGCGUGAACAGGAGAAGACGCACCUAUUCCAGCAGCACAAGGCAGAGAAGGACUGUCUGGUCCGAGACCAUCAACGGGAGAUGGAGAAGCAGGAGAAGCAGCUUCGCGCUGCCAUGGCACAGCUAGAGAGUACAACUCAAGAAUGCAGGCAACAGGACGGCCAGGUAAUGAUCAAUAAUAGGCAGCAGCUGCACAUCAGGGAACAAAGUCUGCAGUGGGAUGCUCAGAGGAAGCAGCAGCUGCUGGAGCUGAGGCAUCAGUGGGAAGAGGAGAAGCAGAGGGCAGCUCAGGACCAUGAGGCUGAAGUGACUAAGCUGAAAGCAGAGGCAGAAAUAAUGACACUACACCUGAAAAAGCUACAUGCCCUAGAAAUGGAGAAGGCUGUGGACAAGGCAAACAGCCGGCUGAAGCAGACUGAGGAGGAGUGCAGCCAGAAGCUGGCCAAGUCCUCACAGGUCAUAGCUGAACUUAAGAAAACCCUUUCCUCUCUGAGCGAGGAGCGCGGCCGGCAGCAGCGCGCGGCGGAGCAGCGGCUCCAGGAAGUUGUACAGAAGUUUGAAGAUAAGAAGCAGCAGCUGAUUACAGAUAAUGACAGAGCAAUCAAGGCCCUACAAGAUGAGGUGGACACCUACCGCGUCCAGGCACAGGCUGCCGAGAAGCUGCUGCGGCGCCGGGAGCUGGAGGUCCAGGAGCAGGUAAUCCUUAUACGACAAGAAUAUGAAGCCACACUCAAAGGUCUGUUGCCAGCAUCUUUGAGACAGGAACUUGAAGACACCAUUUUAUCUUUAAAAUCUCAGGUGAACAUUCUGCAGAACAGAGUUUCUGUGCUGCAGGAAGAGCCACGCCAAAAGGUGCGCCAUUACCUUUGA